AUGCGCUGCUGGACGUGGAGCUCCUAUUCGCUCAUUUCUCUACUAUCAAGUGCUUUGUGGACGUGUGUAUGGACCUCACACGUUAUUCGACUGGAGCACUGGAAGUUCUGCUCGAGAAAUGGAUCCGUGUGCGUCAAGAACGCGUCAGUACCAGGCACGUCGCAUGUCCACUUGAUGGAAGCUAAAGUGCUGCAGCAAGACCCGAACUACCGCUUUAAUGAGGACCUCUAUCAAUGGGUAGCACAAGAACAAUGGACGUACGAGACGCACGUGGAGUUGCCAGCGGAGGUUGUUGACAAGACACAGGCGACGCUUGUGUUUGAGACACUGGAUGGUGUCGCUCGAGUACGAGUCAACGGCAAGCAGGUCGCUGCGACGGCCAACUCAUUCGUACCUUAUCGGAUUGAUGUGGCAGAAUUUCUUGUAAUCGGUGUGAACGAGAUUCAAGUGGUGUUUGAGCCCGUGAUGCAGUACGCGAGGCGGCAGGCUGACAAGUAUCCUUACUUUGUCCCUGCCACAGAAAACUUUAAUACGUGGACAGAGCCGUCACGACGCUCGUUUGUCCGGAAAGCAGGAUCUGACUUUGGAUGGGACUGGGGACCGGCCUAUGUGACAGUAGGCAUUGCUGGAUCAGCGUUUAUUGAGGUCAAAGAGCCUUUGGUGGAGCUACUGGACUUGGACGUGCUGCAGGUCUUUCCGAAUGGGAACGAGGACCUGUCAGUGGUGGAAGUGACAGUUAGCGUGGUGGUAGGGGGCAAAAACGAACAACAGGAGGACGUCAUACUGGAAUUGUUUGUCGAUGACGUGAAAAAGGCUGCAAUCACUACGACGAUACCGGACAAUCGGACGGAAAAUGCGGCGGUCGAACUUACGUUUCAGCUAAACCAUCCCAAGCUGUGGUGGCCAGUAGGGUACGGCGAAGCGUACCUGUACGACAUACGAGUAGAUGCGCGGAACGCGCAGAUGAACUCGUCUCUUGUUCAGAAGACCGGCAUUCGUCAUGUCGAACUUAUCCAGAACGACACGAAUGCUGGCAACGUGACUGGAAAGACGUUUUACUUCAGAAUUAAUGGCGUCCCCGUGUUCAUCAAAGGCGCAAACUGGAUCCCGACGGAUCCGUUUCCUACGCGUACCAAGAUAUCUACAGUGCGGCACUUGCUGGAGAGCGCGCGUGCUGCCAACAUGAAUAUGAUACGUGUGUGGGGCGGUGGUAGAUACGAGUCCAACUUCUUUUACUCUGAAUGUGAUCGAUUGGGCAUCUUAGUAUGGCAAGAGCUCAUGUUUGCAUGUGGAAUGUAUCCUCGAGAUACUGCAUUCCUUAACAAUGCACUAAGGGAGGUGAAGUAUCAAGUUCGCCGACUUCGCAAAUACACCAGCAUCGCCAUAUGGGGCGGUAACAACGAGAAUGAGAACAUGAUGGAGCAAUUCGCCGAAGCUCCGAUCUUCCCGUCAGGAACAACGUUCAAUCGCGACAUCGCGGUUGCCGACUAUACCAAGCUCUUUGUCGACCUCAUUCGCCCCACCGUCACUGCAAUCGACUCAUCCAGGCCGUUCGUUGACACAUCUCCGUCGAACGGCUUGUAUUCGAUCGAUCCUUACGUCAAACGAUGGGGAUCUUCGAACGGGGUCGCAUAUGGGGACGUGCACUUUUACGACUACCACAACGAUUGUCAAGACUAUCGGAUAUACCCACGGGCCCGCUUCAUUUCCGAAUUUGGUUUCCAGAGCUGGCCAUCAGCUGCUUCACUUCGCAACGUUAGCUCGGCAGAAGACUGGGACUCUCUCCAAGCGUUUUGGAAAUUCCUGAAGUUCCGCGAAAGACAUGAGAAUGGCACGACUCAGAUGCUUGCACAACUAGAGCGCCGCUUUGAUAUCCCGUUACCCUUUCGCAACGAGAACUGGAUAACGGAGACAUCUGCUACGUCGGGAGAUGAACCAUACAUUUUCAGCAUCAACAAAAGCAUCGAGUCGUAUUUGUACCUCACUCAAGUUCAGCAAUCCUUGUGCUACCAAACUGCCAUUCAAACUUGGCGACGCGGAAAGAAUCACGAGCUCGGCAUGACGAUGGGCAUUUUGUACUGGCAGCUGAACGAUAUCUGGCAAGGCAGCAGUUGGUCAAGCAUCGAGCACGCAGGUCGAUGGAAAAGCUUGCACUAUGUGGCAAAGCGAGCGUUUGCUCCGUUCAUCCUUUCAGUCCAUGAGCAGAGCAGUGGGGAAGCCGUGCAAGUGUACGGCGUGAGCGAUAUGAACCAAGUUCUGCUUGUGGACGUCGUUUACGAGCUCCGACGAGUCAAGUGUGGCAGCCUCGUGAAGUCGAUUGCUCACACCGCCAUUGAAAUUCCAGUGUUGGAGAGCCGGUGGAUCGACGAGCUCAACGUCGAUACUUCGCUCGACCACAAUGGCACCUCUUGUUGUCGCCGAUCCUGCUACUUACACAUCCGCUGUAUCGUGAUGACCAGCGGCUCUGGUUCCGAAGUGGUUCCUGCAUGCGAAGACUCGCAUCACUUUUUUGCGCCUUUCAAGCACCUCACCCUGGGGCAAGGCGAGGUGAUCGUGCAUUCCGUCAAGAACUCAAAUGCCGUCAACACCGCUGCUAUGUUCAGUGUGGAGCUCGUGUCGACGGACUUUGUGGCUCUCUUUGUCGAGGUGGAUGUCCCGGGUGUGCUCGGGUACUGGAGCUCGAACUCGUUUUUGAUGCUGGGCAAUGCAACGAAAACGCUCACGUUCACGCUCGCGGAUUCACAAGAGGCGGACAAGGUCUCGGUUGCUACUUUUUCCCACCUGAUCGCUGUGAACUGGCUGCAAAAGAGCGCUGACAAGUCGAUCGUGGACGUCGCGGUCAUGUAA